AUGGGAUCACAAGACAGUUUUAGUGGAUGCGAGCAACCAGUGGCACAUAAACGUUGUGCAAAAGGAUGUGGGUUUUUUGGAACAGCAGCGAAUUUGGAUAUGUGCAGCAAGUGUUAUAGAGAUCAUCUUAAAGAAGAAGAACAAUCUCUUUUAGCCAAAGCCGCUUUUGAGAAGUCUGCAAACCCUAAGAAAGCUUUGACAACCUCUCCAAAGGAAUCAGAGGCGAACUACCCUACAGAUGAUUCUAAUGUUGCUGCGAAGGAGACUACUACAGCUUUGUCGAGUUCUGCAUCAUCAUCAGCAACAUCUGGAGGAGAAAGUGGUGCAGUAGUGAAGAAUAGGUGUUUGAGUUGUAACAAGAAAGUGGGGUUGACAGGGAUCAAGUGCAAGUGCGGAUCAGUUUUCUGCUCUAUGCAUCGCUACCCUGAGAAGCAUUCAUGUGACUUCGACUACAAGGCCGCUGGAAAAGAAACAAUAGCAAAACUGAAUCCACAGGUCAAGGCAGACAAGAUUGAAAGAUUUUAAUUGCAUAGAUUUGUUUUCCAAUUUGAAUGUAAUUUUUUUUGUUUUCUUGAAACAUGAAAGAUUACAUGUAAUUAAACUAGCAUCUUUCCCGAUAAUUAUGGAAUUCGUAUAUACUUAUUA